AUGUUGAAAGAGUUAGGCAUAUAUUUGGCGCUCCUCGCAUGCAUGGCCGCAGGUGAAGCGGCCGUUUUGCGCAAGGAGCAACCAACCACUGUUGUAACCACAUUGGAAGAGACAACCGGGAAGGCAGAAGAAGCUGCAAUGGACAGCACAACGAUUGCUCCCAAAUUCCACCGCGUACCGCUCAGUCGCGAUGAGCAGGCCAGCAUACAAAUUGGCUUGGCCACUGUGGAGCCUUCUAAGCCCGAUUCCGCUCCGACUCAACACACCUCAAACAUAGGCAACCACAACAGUCCCCAACAAAAGUCAGCCAAGCUGUUGCUGCUUAGCACGCCGCCAAAACGUUUCAUUGAGGUCGAGCAGCAAGUGGAGGAGCAGGACGAAGCUGAUGACAAUGUGAGAGGAGGGACGAUGGCAACAGCUACAUCGGAGGCUACAACGAUGGGCAGUGUAGACAGUGAGGAGACAACCAUAAGCAGCACCACCGAGCCAGAAACCACAGAGAUGGGCGACAUCAAGACAACGAAAUUGUUUGCCAUCAAUGCGACCUCAUUGCCCGACACCCCCGCACCCACCGUCGCCGUGGCCCUGGCCAAGGACAAUACCACAAUUGCAAUUGCCGAGCAGCCGCAGGAUGCACGCGGCAACAAUGUGGCCGUGGCUGUUACUCUAGUCGAAGACGAGCCCGAGGCCGAGUACGUGCUGCUUAAUGGCGCCGAUGUGCUGGUGGACGAGGAGGGGCAUGAGGUGCAUUUAGGAAGCUUCACGCACAUUGGCAGCGAUGAGCAUCUGCAGCCGGUGGUCCAUUCCAUUGAAAUUGUGCCCACCAGCUUCGAUGAUCCCCUGCUCGUCGACUAUGUGCACGCUUUGGUCUAA